GAAAUUAGCUGUAAAUCCAAAUGCUGUAUCUUCUAUUCUAAACCGUGUAUAUAGUGAUAUACAUGUAAAGGAAGUGUGCAAAUGCACGCGCGCGCACUUAUACGAUAUAUAGUAUAUCGAGCACGUAAAGUUGCACGCAUACACAGAGCACGGGUUCCGGUGCGGCAGCGUGGUCGGCUAUCCCCAUAAAAGCGACGGACUCGACUGGCCGGCGGACAGUUGUCAUCGUUGGCUACAUCGGCGCAUCGUGUCUGUGCUCUAGUCGUGUUUCGUCCGAAUAAUCGAGAUAUAUCGGGAUAAUAAUUUUUUUAAUACAGAAACAACAAGAGUUCCUUUACCGUCACGACAUCUCCCACGCACGUGAACCCUUGAAGCCAUUCAGCGCACUCUAAGGGAUAUGAAAUGUACUUACGCGUUCCUUGAAUUCACGACACAGAUAACAACGGAAGGGAAAUAGUGAAUAAAGACACGGUGCGACCCGGUUAUUCGAAGUAUUGUACUAUGAUCUCGUGAUCGAUUGAUUUCGAAAACGAAAGAAAAAAAAAAUCGAUAAGAUUGGCAUUUUCGUUUGCUCAUAGAUAACGUGAUAUCUCAAACGAUCAUUGCCGAAUUUGAUGCGCCAUAACCAUUUGUUCAUUUCACGCAAAUUGAUAUUAUUUAUUAAAUUUUUUAUCAACUUUUGGCAUCUACCGGAUGAUUACGGUAUACAGCACGUGGUUAAAAACUAUUAUAAGAAAAGAAAAGAUAAACUAGUAAUACUGAAUGCAAGCGCCAGACAGAGCGACGCUUCCGCGGGCAAAGCCGUGUCCUGUCUCGUCUUUCGUAUGUAUUGAGUAACUUAACACACGGAGUGUGCGCACGUAACUGAACACGUAUAUAAAUACGUGAAGUUGUACACGUACUGACCAACGACGCUCUUGCACACGCGUAUACGAAAACGAAAAAGCAAUUCGUCGUGGCGCAAGCGCGAAAGCAAAAGCUUUUUCGAGCGAGGCAGCCGAAGGAGAGAGACGGUGGUGCCGAUGAUCAGAUACAUCGGAUUCAGUGGCGGCACGGACGUAGAGAGCAAGUCAAGUAACAGCUUCCCACCAGUCAGUCACUCACGAUCGGUUAGUCAGUCACGGCAGUCACGCGCCGACCGUGUCAGACGCACGCUGGCUGUUGGUUCGCGUGUAAAGAGGCCGGUGAACAGCGAAAUAUAAAUGGGUGAAAAAAAGAUUUAGUGUCAACGUCACUAAUUGAAAAUCGUGCAAUUAUAGUCGGAUUUUUUAUAAUUGAUAUAUACGGACACGAAAUAUCGCUAUACUGCGCAAGCGCAAUGCAACACUUCACAAACUUGGUCAAGAUUUGGCGUUGACGAUCACAUUCAAUUGCAACGAACCGGCGAGUCAAACGCGAAAAGCGCAAGCGUGUGUUUUCAAAGUGAGUCUCAUCCGUGUCAGAGACGAUCGAAAAUGGUCGCCAUUCGUUAAUCUUUAUCGAUAAAUUACGUUUAUUCAUUUCUAAAUCGUUUUUGUUACUGUAAAGUCCCGGAAUAAUCGUAGCCAUAUCAGAUGCGCAUACCGGCGUUGUUGCAUCGUGAGGAACACGACAACGUAUACAGGGCUCGUAGGUUAAGAGAGUUAGUGAGGUGCGGAGGUGCGUGGAAUUGUGCGCCGGUUAAAACCGUGACAGAGAAAAGAGAGAGAGAAGUGCCAAGCACUGUACGGCUUGCUUACCUCCCUGUUUUGUGUCCCUCUCGUCUUGAAACUCGUCGCUCGUUGUGUACCGCCUUAUAAAACGCGCGCGCAGUAACACGGAACGCGCGACGACGACGAGAACGAGAAAGAAGAGCGGCGGGGAACAGGCAGUAGAGUCGUACAAACUCUCUGUGCUCUCUCGGUAAAAAAGAGAAAUAAAUAACGAUAGUGCAAAAAAAAGACGAGCAGACAAAGAGAGAGAGAGAGAGAGAGUGAAAGAGAGAUACUAUAUAUAGAAAGAAAGAAAAAAGAGAAUAAAUAGAUAGAUCUCUCCGCAUGUGUGGAACUGGUUAAAAGAAAGAAAGAAAAAGAAAAAGAAUAACGAACCUGCGUGUAUACCUUAGCCUAUUAAGCCGUCGGAUGCGCUCGUUCAACGUGUCUCGAACAGUGCACGAUACCUCGUCGCGUUAUCUGCAGUAAAUAUUGCGGCUAACACGGCCUCUCUGGGUCCGCUGCUGAUUGUUUCUAAUCAUUAUCGCACACGUUCGCGACCUGUGUACGCAUACUAUCGUUAUACUCGCGUUGUCACCGACUUUUUCGUGAUCAUAAACGUUGCCGCGAUAUCCGUCAUUGUGUCGUUACAUAGUAUAUUAUUGUUAUUAUUCGCGAACGAUUCUUUAUAUCAUCGGUGUAUCGUCGCGCGAUACAGGAUCGGAAAAAGAAUCAGAGAUGAUGUGAGACAACAGGCAGUGUCGUAAAGAGUGCAGAAAGUUUUGUGCAGUGAAUGUUCGUUAAUAGAUCAGUGUUGCGGCUCUAAAGACUAGACAGAAAAAGGGCAUACGUGUUUAGAGGAGUAUAGAAUGAGACAGAUAAUGUAAGGAAUAGACAGAGUGAAAAAGAGGUAGAAAUAGAAAAUACGAGAGAGAAAAACGUAUAAGUGAAAGAGAGACAACGCACAGAAAAAACGCGCUAUAUGCGUUGAAGCACCCGUGUACGAGUGCCAGCGACGAGACAGCGAAUUGGACGUACGCGAACGCGAGUGUGACAGAAAAAAUAAGAGAGAAAGAGAUAGGAAGAAAGAAAGAAAGAUAGAAAGAGAAUCAAAGAUACCACGAGACUUUUUUUAAAAGUACCGAAGAUGCAUUUCCACAGUAGUCUAUUAUCGAUUUUACUUAUCGUCAUUUCUUGUCCUCUGACUGUUCGUACACGUAGAGUUGCUCCCUUAAUCGAGGAGGACUGGGCUAGAAGGCCUCAUCGCGCCGCCGAAUGUACGUUCGGCAAGCAGAUACGGGAACUGGGCUCCACCUGGUUCGCGGAUUUGGGCCCGCCCUUUGGAGUCAUGUACUGCAUCAAAUGCGAAUGCAUUCCGGUGCAAAAGAAACGACGAAUCGUAGCGAGAGUCCAUUGUCGUAACAUCAAGAACGAAUGUCCAGAACUCACGUGCAAAGAUCCAAUUCUUCUUCCAGAUCGAUGCUGUAAAUCUUGUCCGGGAAAUUCCAGUACUGAUAUAGUACAAGAUGUGCCCGUACAAUUAACCUCCGAGGAAGAGGAACGAAGUCUAAAACAUUUUGGGACGCUUCUAACGGGUAAAACAUCUCAAAUAUUGCGUCGCGAUGAGCCUAAUCCAACAUCAAUGUACAACAGUGCUUACAACUAUCUUGCAACAGGUCGUUUUACAUUUCACCGCAAAAAUCUCUAUUAUUCUUUUUAUUUAUCAACAUCAACCCCUCGUCCGCGAAGCAUACAAUUUAUCGAUGGAUCAGGAAGCAUUUUGGAAGAACAAACAAUCGAUCCCAUUGGUGGAGUGUAUCAAAAUGCAACAGGUAAAUUAUGUGGAGUGUGGAGAAGAGUUCCACGAGAUUAUCGGAAGUUACUUCGCGAUGAACGUUUACACGUGUCCUUUAUUUGGGAACCAUCAGCCACCUUGACAGGACAAUUAUCUCGUUAUCGUGCCUUAUCCACGGAACAGUAUUCUUCUUUGUUGGAACCAACGAUGGGAGUGGAUCGUUCGUUAAUGUCAGGUGCAGGAGCCACCGCCAUAGUCUCAGCAUCAUCAGCAUCAGCGCCAUCUAUCCACGUAUCCUUGGUAUUUAAUGGUGUUUUUUUGCCUAAUGAUGUUUCCGAAGUUCCAUUGAUAGUACAACUAGAACAUAUGGAGAAAGACUAUGUGGUUCUACGCGAAGAAAUUAUAGUAAAGAAACCUUCGAAUGAAUUAAACUUCGGGGAGGUUCGAAGUGCCUUAUCAGGGACGGAUCUUCGUUUACUAACUCGAGGCAAACUCUCCAUUAGCAUAAUGUCUAAAAGAGAUCCUCAAGCUCUACGAUUGGCCGGCAUAGUAGGUCCACGUACUAAUUGCGAGAUGUAUCAAACUUUGCUUCUCUCAGAAACACCUUCGGCCGCUUCUGGUUUGGCGUGGGCAUUUUUGGAUCAUGCUGGUUCAUUGCGUUAUGGUGUUCAAUUAAUAGGAUUGGAAGAAGAGAGUCCUUUGGUAACUUUAGUAGAUGAAGGAGGCAAACGUCGUACCGAGUUGGAAGAUUUGACGCCUUCCCUCGUCGAUGGUCUAGCUAAUGGAUCCUUGGAACGUCCAGGGCCACGAUUCCUCGAGCCUUUGUUCAACGGAGAACUCGCAGUUGUUGCUGCUUCACACGUUGGCUCAAUGUUGCGCGGCCGAUUAUUACAAAGGCCAGUAGCCGAUGCCAGAGAUACCGCUGCACCUUUUCUGCUCAGGAGACUGUUCCAAGAACCUGUACACCCUGGUCCAGUUGGUUUGGUGUGGACAGCUGUAGAUUUAGACUGUUCCCUUCAUUAUGAACUUGAAAUUGCUGGCUUCCCUCAGACAUCUACCAAUAAUCAUGAAUCACGUACGUUUCGACUUUACUUAGAAACCAUGCCCUUAUUGGCUCAAGGAGCACCUGUAGCUAGAAGAUUAUUGGAAGAAUUUACUGGAUACAUCUUAGAAGGUUCCGUCACUGGUCUCUCACCAGUAGAAUUAUAUAGAAUCGAAUCUGGUAUUUGUUUCUUGGAAGUUACCGAUAAACAGGCUGAAAGGAUUCUGAAGGCUCCAUUCAAAGCUAGAGCGCCGCUCAGUUGUCUUCCUCACUAUGCAGAUAAUGAUGUUGCCUCAGUGGUCGCGUACAACCUUCAGCCACCCCGAUCGGACAUCGAAACUGGCGCUUGUUUUCAUGAGACUAGAUUCUAUGAAGAAGGUACUCAGUGGACUUCCAGUACAGAUCCGUGCUCCAUGUGUCAUUGUUACCGUGGAUUAGCACAAUGCGAUCCAGUACCUUGUCCAGCCCUUACGUGUGCCCAGAGUAAGCAACUAAAACCUGCUCCUGGUCACUGUUGCCCAAUUUGUUCAGGUCCAGGGAUUAAUAUGAAUGGGACGGGAAAAAAUGUCAGCUCCAUAACAAGAGGUUGCACACUGGCUGGUCAAUUUCAUCUACCAGGAGCAUCAUGGCAUCCUUAUUUACCCCCAGUGGGAUUUGAUACUUGUGCAGUUUGUACAUGUGACCCUAUCACUCUAGAAGUGAAAUGUCCACGAGUACAGUGUCCACCGUUGGAUUGCGAUGAGAAGAUCGCUUUUAGGCCUAGUAAGAAGGCUUGUUGCAGACAAUGUCCAAUAACAACACCCAGCUCGGCAAACAUGGGAAGUGAUACAACUCGUUUGCCGCGAGAUCAGGCAGCACCAUCCACAAAACGCACUGCGGAGGAAAUAUUGGCUUCCGGCGGCUGCAAGAAUCCCCUUGGUAGUCCCUAUGAAAAUGGAAUGGAGUGGCAUCCACGAGUUCACUCACAUGGAGAAAUGAAAUGUGUCAAAUGCAGAUGUAAGAAUGGCGAGGUCAGAUGCGACAGAAAACGAUGUCCACGAGCCCUUUGCAAUACGAUCGCACAUCAAAUGAAACGCGGCGAAUACGUGGCGGAUGGCGACGAUUGUUGCACGGUCCAGUGCCGACGAGCGAGGCGUCAUCAUCGUAACAAUCAUCAUUCAGCCCGGCAUUCCGUGACACCACGUGAACUCAGCUGAGUAGUUUCAACUGUUACGAAGCUUUCUUCGAACAGUGAUCUGGUCUAAGGAAACGCUUCUGGACAUUGUUUCUCUUUAUAAUCAUUAAAUUCACGGCUUAAGUUAUGCCAUUGUCGUCGUAUUUUUAAUUCCAAAACGACUUCAGAGCAAUUACGAGAAAUUACGAGAAAAUGAUGGGAGUCAAUUGGUAACAAAAAAUCCUAAAUUCAAAUAGCAAAACUUAGAGAUUGUUUUUGAUGCCUGAAGUAUCAUUAAUAAAUAAAUUCAGAAAAUAUAUAUUUAAAAAUAUUACCUUUUCUAGAAUUUUUGAACGAUUUAAGAUGAUGUAAAAUUAAAAAUUGUUAUUAAGUUAAAGAGUAAAAAAAUGAACUAAGAUUAAAUUUACAUAACAAAAAUGAAUUAAACGAAACCAUUUAAAUGGAAUAUGAAACAUAGAGGCACUUAGAUUAGUAUAUUAAAGUUGAUCGAUUUUGAAUAAAUGAUAUACAAAUUUUAUAUUAUAGUUUGAUUAUUUGAUAAAAUUAACGUUAAAUAAUCAUGUUGAUAAAAUAUUUUGAAAGAAAAUGAAGAAUAUAAAUGAUGCUGUGCGUCAUAUUUAUCUAACACUAAGUUAUCGUUAACAGAAAGAAUCUUUGAAAAAACAUUUAAUAUUGAAAUACUCUAUUCAGGAACUAUAAAUUGGCGGAAGAUGGUAAUCAACGAAACAAAAAGAUUCAUCUUUGGAAUAAUCGACAGUUAUCAGAGGAAAUUACAAUAAUAAUAAUAUCAAUAAUAAUAUAACAUGAGCACAGAGGAAGGAACGUGGAUCGUUCUCAUCAAGCAUUAUUCUUACUUAUAUUCCUGUCGCUUGCUCGAUUAUUUGCUACAGAGUCCCUUGCAGCACCUACAACCAGACAUUUAUUAAUCAAUUGUCUCUCAUCAACGGAUAAACGGACCGGAAGUCAACUGCUCUCUAUCUUCGAAUGACCCUUUACAUACAUAUAUACAUGCAUAUAUUAUAUGCGUUUACUUACACAUAAAUAUGUAAACAUAUAUUGUAUGGUACGGCUAUAUUGAAAGAAAAAAGAACAAGAGAAAAAACUAAACAAAGAAAGAGGCAAACUUGGAGAGAAUUUAAAAUCGUGACGGUAAAUGCAGAACCCUAUCGUACCCAUCAACCUCACCGAGUUACCCAGCAACCAAAGAAGACUGAAGAACCUCCAAUGGGUGGCAUCAGUUGUCAUUAAAAUGUGGAAACAUGCUAAGAUUUUUAUCAUACUUUAUUAACUCCAUACAACUUAUUACUAUUACGAAUUAUUAUUAUUACUAAUAGUAAUAUUACUAUUAUUAAAAUAUUAAUGUUGAUAUAACAUCAUUAAUGUUAUAAAUCAUUAUUCAUUUUCAUUAGUUUUAUAUCACCAUUAUUCAUCAUUGUUCAUUUUCAUCGUUUACAAUUCGUUACGUUCAUCAUCAUUAAAAAUUUGUUUUUAUUGCAACUUUGAUUAUUAAUAUUAUUAAAAUUAUUAUUAUAAUAUUUCUAUUAUUAUUUUUAAUAGUAUAAAUAAUAUCGCUAUUUUGUUAAAUAUUCAUCAUUAUUGUCAACAUUAUAUUACUAAUCACGAUUGUUAUUGUUAAUAUCAUUAUUGUAAUAGCCUAUAAUAAUCUCAUCGAAAUAGCUUUUUCAUAACUUAUAAGUUUAUUUAUUAUUAGAUUCUCUAAAUUAUUCGAUGGCGAAUAAGUCAUAUAAUUCUAAAUUUACUUCAAAAAAUGAAUUAUAGCUUCAACCUCGAUGCAAAUUCUUUGCCUGUAUUACGAAGAAUUUGGAAAAUCGAUGUUUAGCAAAAAUUAUAUAUUAAAUUAGAAUAAUAUUGAAUCGCCAUUUUUAAAUAUAGAAGAAUGUGUGUUAUUAAGGAUGAGUGAAUAAUAGUACGUCAGUUUUUUAUGCUGAAAGUUAAUAAUAAUAGUUAAUAAUAAAAAAUAAACAAAAAGAACUUUCGUGAAUGAACGAUAUGAAGAAAGAAGUAUUUGUAAAAAUUGUGUAAGAAAUCUAGCUUAUAAUUUUCGCGAUAUUGAUCAAUUUUUUGUUAAAUUUGACAAUUUACAUAAACUCAUUUUUUCUGCUUUAUCUUAUUAUUCAAACGUGAACACUAAAAAUAUAAAAGGAAUAUAUGUAUAUGAUUAAUUUUAUAAUAUGCGAAUAAUUUAUCGUUUGAAUGAAAAAUUCGUAUACUGAAAAUCAAUAGAAAUGAACAUGAUAAAAAAUAUAGUGAAGUCGAAAAAUUCGGAUAUUAAUUGAUUGAAAUUCAUCUUAACUAGAUAUUUUUAAUUUUUUCAAAAUAUUUAGCUUCCGAAUAGUUAUACGAAAUUAAUUUUUUAAUCAUGAUUCAUUGUUCUUCUGUGCAUUUCUUUAUGAUCUAGUCUAAGUAUUUGGAGUGUCCAUUUGGACAAGCUUGCGAAUAACGAGUGGUGAUCCGAUCGUUCAUGAAAUAUGAGAACAAAAAAAGGAUAGCGGUUUUAUGUAUAGCCGCGGCAGCUGGUAAGCUUGCUUAACACUUUUUGAUAUAGCACUUUUUCCAAUGAGAGUGUGUAUGUAAAUUACAUGGUCAACAGGUUCAAAGCAAUGCACUAAAACGAGCAACCUAUAUCAUAUUGAGAGUUUCAUUUAAUGAUUAUUGUGAUUUUUAAUAAAAUAAUUUUUUUAUAUUUAUUUAUAAUUGUUAAAUGUUUAAAAAGGAAGCGUAAUUGAUUAUAAGAAAUAAACUUUUAAUAUCAUUAUGUAAUAAACAAAUAUUUUAUUAUUGUAAAUUUUGUUCCAGCUUUUUGCUGGUAUGUUAUACAAUUUCUUCCAAUGUUUCCAUAGAGACAAUGCAACUCUCAUUGUUACUUGUUACUUGGAUAUUUUGUAAAAAUCUUAAUAGCGAUCAAUUGUUAAUUUUUUGUAUAUAGACGAAUAUGUAACGAGAAUUACGAAUUAUCAAUAUUGCGAUUAUUAUUUUUAUUAUUGAUAUCAUUGAUAGUAUUUAUAAAUACAUAUAUAUCGUAUCUCAUCCGAUUCGUAGAUAUAGAUGAUGCUUAUUAUUAUUAACAUUAUUUUAUUCUAUUUUAUUUUUAUUAUUAUUAUUAUUAUUAUUAUUAUUAUUAUUAUUAUUAUUAUCAUUAUAUAUAAAUCUUAUUUUCAUGUUUAUUUAAAAUCAUCCCUCGUUUUACAAGCAUGUUAUAUAAAUAUAGCUCUUGCUAUUUAGGUAAACAUCUUUAAAUAUUAAGACACAAUACUGUAUCGUCCUGAAAAUGCAUUAAGCUCGCGUUUUUUUUUUCUUAGUUUACUAAUUGAUUGAAACAUUGUUGCUAAUUUCUUUUAUCUAAUAUAUACAAUUCGACUGGUACGAAAGUUAAAAUAAAAAUUAUCAGGGUAUAAUUGAGACACACAUAUUGAAUGAUUAUGCUUCGUUCAUUAUAAUCGUCAUUAAAAUUAAUAAAUCGAAUAAAUGAUAAGAUAUAAUAUUUGAAUAUUGAAUAUAUAUGUCUAUAUAUUUAUAUAUUUUUUUUUUAAUGAAUAUCAUGUAACGAUCAAUUUGUAAAUUAUUAUGUAAAUUUUUAUGUAAGAAUUGCGGUGUCAACGAGUUUUUAUAGUGCCUUAAGAAGUUUAAUUAACAAUCGAAGCAAUCAGUACGGAUCUGUCAAAGACAGUAUUCAGACAAUAUAUAAUAUAUUAUGAAAAAUUAUGGUUAAAUAUGAAAUGUUAUUUAUAAAAAUAAUAGAAUAUUAUUUUUUGAAAUUUCUAUUCAAAAUAUACGAGAUUGUAAUGAAAUUGUUCAUUUGUUAAUAUAAAUCUUGUUAAUCUUGUAUAUUGGACGAGAAAGAUGGUGAUAUUUUGUACUGUGCCAAAACGGUUGUCAAUUAAAUUGUAAUUAAUCGUUAAUUUGCUAAAAGCGUAUAUUAUUUCGAGUAGCUUGUUAUAAUUAUAUUGCACGUAAGUGACUGUAAUGAAUGUAAUGUGUUAUUCAUGGAAUAAUAAGUCGGAAAGCGCGCGCAUAUGUGUGUAUGUGUGUAUGAUAUGUGAAAGAGAGAGAGUGCCUUAAGAAAGGGAAAGGAAAAGAAAAAACAACUGCAAGAAUGAAAGUGUAUAAUUAAUUGUUUAUAUUGCUAUUUAAUGCAAUAAAACAUAUAAAUGAACAUAAGCAAAUUAAUAAUUAGAAGUAAUUGUAUGCCGAUUUCAGUAUUUCCAUUAAUAAACAAAUACACUUGAGUCUCAUUUGUGUGUUUGUUGUAUUGGUUGAAACACGUAACGCCACAGAUUUUAUUUCUUAAUAUUAGAUGUCGAUAAAACAUUAUAUGUCUAUUAUACUGUAUCUAUAAGACAUCGGCAAAAAUUAUAAAAAAUAUAAAAUUUGCCAUAUAACAAAUGAAAUUCACAAUAAACUGAUUAUUUAUGCUUUAA